GUCCCGACUGUUGAAGGGUGAAAGUGCAAAAUUGCGCAGCUAACGGACUUAAAAAAAAAACGGAUUUAUACUCAAGUAAGGAAUAACGGAGUUUCAUGAUUUUGAUACGUAAGGCCGAUGCGAUAAGCGAAUGACCAUGAGAGCGACUACACCAGCUAUUUGCGAAACACUUGUAUCACUUUGUUUCGCAGAAGAGGAAAGGUGACGCCACGUUUCCUUAUUCUUUCUUUUCAAAACUAUUGACUUGGCCGUGUUGAUGUUUUUGACGCACAGGUGGUAUUGUUGGAAAAUGACAUCUCACCUGCACACCUCAACCAAUCAAUGCUUCUGUACCCUGUGACGUUGCUGUAAACUACGCAUUCUUCUUACAGGGUACUAGUAUUUUGCCUUACUUCAAGUCCCGACUUUUGAAGGGUGGAAGUGAUCUCGGGAACAGCAGAAAGGGACGUUAUAGAUUUGUCCUUUCUCUGUCAGUCUGUUCUCGCUACAAGCUGACAAUGAGCUCGGAGAAGCUGCUUAACGUAAGCGAAGUUGCCGGCCGGGCCCGCCGAGACCGACCCGGCGCGGCCCGACCGGUGACGGUGGCGGUGGCGGCCGGGGCGGGGGUGCUGGUGCUGGCGGCCCUCGUCUUUCUCUUUCAUGGGGUUAAGCAUGUCCGUGAAAACUCCGCUCAGCUCAAAGACCAGAUCCUGGCGCUGAAGGAUCGUACCUUGGCCAUGGAGAUCAAGCAAGACGCCACCGCCAGAGACAAGGAGGAAGCGUCCUCGCACAAGGAGGAAGUGACGGCCCUGAAAAUCCACCUGUCCUCGCACAAGGAGGAAGUGACGGCCCUGAAAAUCCACCUGUCGUCCCUGCAGACUCAACUAGACAGCGAACGUGCGGAGUUACAGAAGGAGAAAGCUGGCGGGGCGUCUUUGAGGGAGAGACUGGCUGUGCUGGAAACCAAGUUCCAACUCGGGCAUGCUGAGGAACACAACUUCGGGAACUUUCGAGAGGGCGGGAAGCCGAACCAAGCUGACGGUGUCCCUGAACACAACGCCACCUUGCGGAGGUACAGGCGAUCCGACAACUCGGUCACGACACCUGCCGGCCUCUUCCGGGGUCCUGAGGGACCGGCCGGACGAGACGGGCGGGACGGCCGCGAUGGUGUUCCCGGGCCGCCCGGGCCUCCCGGUCCGGCUGGUGGAUGUGGAGGGUGUGGAGGACAAUCCUGCCCACAGCAGCCGUGCACUGCAGUACCACUAGGUAUGGAGAGCGGCGCUAUUCCUGAUGGCCACCUUACUGCAUCCACUUCGUGGGGAAGUUCAGGUCAUGACGCCAGCAAAGCUCGCCUUCAUUCCCAGGAGGGCGCCGGGGCCUGGUGCGCUGCACAGAACAACAACCAGCAAUGGUUACAGGUUGACGUGGGAGCAGAGACUACUGUUGCCGGAGUUAUCACACAGGGUAGGUCCAGUAACACUUGGCUACAAAGGGUGACCUCCUACAAACUACGCUUCAGCAGAGAUGGAAUCACGUGGUCUACAUACCUGGACAAACUUGGACGUGAGAAGAUCUUCGCUGGCAACUCUGAUCAGGACACCGAAGUGCGCCACCUGUUGGACCCACCGGUAACUGCACGUUACGUCAGGUACUGGCCGCAGACAUGGAAUCAGCACAUCAGCAUGCGAGUGGAGGUCUUGGGACAGGACUGCACCGGUGACUAGACACAGCAUGCAGACUUGGAGAUUUCCAAAGCGCAGAUUUGCACAUAACAGGAUACACAUGUAGAUAUAUCUACUUCACAGUUUGAAGUGAAACACCAAAUUUCGUCUUUUACUUAUUGUGAUAGUUUACAGCAUUUACACGUCAUCUAUCUGCUUCGUAGUUUGAAGUGAAAUACCAGUUUUCUUCUUUUACUCAUAGUUAACUCUAUUUACAAGAAACUCAGAAGUGGCACGUAAUCGAGUCACAAGUUCCUCCACCAACAGUUACUUCAGGUCUGUAGUUGUGACAAUAAUGUUCUGCUAAUUUACCGUGUCCUAAUGUUUACAGCUGCACAAAAUUACAGUUUUAUAUCAUAGCUGGUGUGUACGGUGUAAGUGGCUUGAUGAAGAUGUCAAGAACUUCAUGAUGUUAAGAAGGAAGACUAGAUAGUUCUAGAUCCAUUGUUUUUGCAUGCUGGUGUUGUUUCUAGUUACUACACUGUCUUUAGUCGUGGAGAAAUUUUGACUAAUGUUUGCAAACAAGGAGUUGAUGAAAUAUCAAUGUUGCUA